GGGGGGGGGGGGGGGGUCUGUCGAAGAAAUCAAGUCAAUAGAAACUGAAGUGGAAGCAGGCGUUUAGAGCUCCGUGCUGACGUCACAGUGAGUCUGUAGUAGGAGUCAGUCGGCGGAGAUAGAAAGAGGAGCGCCGGAGUAACGCGCGCACCGACAGGAACUUCUCCCUCAAACUUACAGUCAGGAGGUCCACUUUUCCCCUCCGACAAAGGAGCUUGCUGGGUUUUUUUUUCUUUCAUCCUCCCCUCUCUUCCCUCUCCGUCUUUUAGGAGGCUCGGACACGCAGGAGAAAGACAUAUUUUGGGGUUUGUGAGUGUGUUUUCUUCCCCCCCGCCAUGUCGUCCGCGGCGGUCGCUGCUUCUUCCAGGAGGCAGUCGUGUUAUUUGUGCGACCUGCCCCGCAUGCCGUGGGCCAUGAUCUGGGAUUUUACCGAGCCCGUCUGCAGGGGAUGUGUCAACUACGAAGGAGCGGACCGCAUCGAGUUCGUCAUCGAGACAGCCCGCCAGCUGAAGAGGGCUCACGGCUUCCAGGAGGGAAGGUCUCCCGGGCCGGCCAAGGCGCAGCUCUCCGGGAAGGAGCUCCAGGCGGCGGGGGAGCCCGGCUCCCGGCCGCCGCAGCCGCUGGACCGCUACCCACUGUCCUCCGACCGCCCACCCCGGCUCGGACCGGAGUAUCAGUCCGGCAGACAGGUGAACGGUAUCCCCGUGCCGAACGGAUUUCCUAAACCCGACGAGCCGCCGGAGCUGAACCGCCAGAGCCCCAACCCGCGCAGGAACAGCGCGGUGCCGCCGCCGAACCUCAUGCCGCUGGCGAACGGCAUGUCGUCGGUGCACGCCGUGAACGGCAGGCAGAGCCAGAUGGGGCUUCCCUCCGCGCUGGCGGCCGGCAGCCCCGCAGACUUGGGGAAAAGACCCGCGUCGGUGUCCAGCACCGAGCACGAACGAGAGGCCAAGGAGAAGCACCGACCGGACAGCCUGACGCCGGAGAUCUCCGACAGCCACAAAAACAGGGCCGAGCAGGAGUGGAUGAGCAAAGGAAAGACUGUGAGGGACCUGAUGACUCUGCACACCUUCGACAACAGGUUCAAGAAGGACCUGGCGGGCAUGCCACAGAGGGUGACGGGCUACGAGGCCAGCGCCACCGCCUCCAAGUCAGACAGAGGAGGAAAACACCCCCGGAACAUGAAGAGAAAAGCCUCACCUGAACCCGAGGGAGAGGGGACAGCGGCCAAAAUCAACGGGGAAGGGCAGCAGUGGUUACCACCGCCUACCGACGGACUCAAAAUGCCACCGGUUCCCCCACCAAGCUUCGCCUCUCCCCCUUCCACAAUAUCCCCUCACUCCCGUACCACCCCGCCCGAGGCAGCCCACAACGGCACGUCCCCGAUGGCGGCGCUCAUCCUGGCGGCUGACAACGCAGGGGGCAACAGCUCCCCGAAGGACGCCAACCAAGUCCACUCCACCACCAGGAGGAACAGCAGCAGCCCCCUUUCACCGUCCUCCAUGAAUCAGAGGAGGCUGGCGCAGAGAGAGGCGUCCGGUGCGGGUACCCCCCACGUACCGGGCAUGGACCAAGUGCACCCCCAAAGCAUUCCGGACUCCUCGGUACCCGGCAGCAUACCCCUGUGCUGUACGCUGUGCCACGAGCGUUUAGAGGACACGCACUUUGUUCAGUGCCCGUCGGUGCCCUCUCACAAGUUCUGCUUCCCGUGUUCGAGGGAAAGCAUAAAGCAACAAGGUGCCACAGGCGAAGUGUACUGUCCAAGCGGAGAGAAAUGUCCCCUGGUUGGCUCGAACGUACCCUGGGCUUUCAUGCAGGGAGAAAUUGCCACCAUCCUUGCAGGAGAUGUCAAAGUAAAAAAGGAGAGGGACCCUUGAUUUUGUCUGAACACUUCUUUUGGGGGAGGGGAAGCAAAAAAUCUGAGUAUAAAUAUAUAAAUAUCACAUACAUACCAUUCAAACAAACUAACAGACUUGUACAUAUUGGACCCAAGGGAAGAGUAUACUUCGUAAACAUGGUUGUAUAAUUUUUGAUUUUUGAAUACAUUGUGUUUCUAUAUUUUUUGAAGAUAAAAGGUAUGUACUCAUUAUAAUGGACUACGUUCCUCUUUGUUGAUGUUUAACAAAAUUCUCGAUGUACUUCUAGGUCUGGUGGCAGUUCCUGUUUAACGUAGAAUGUGACUAAUGCUACUCUACGAGCACUUGGCAAAACCUGAAAUGCUUUUAGCUGUACUUGUAUGCACUUGUUUAAAAAUUGCCAAAUACAAUUUCUGAUCUUGUAUGAA